AUGAAUUUGUUAAUCUAAGAUAAAACAGAGCAAUUCUCUAUGCCUAAUUUGAACUUCAGCAUAUGUCAAAUGAUCAAUUAGGCGACACUUAAAUAAUAGUAGUCGUCGACAACUGAAUUCUUGACUCCAUCAAAGCAUCGUUCAAUGGAACAACUAUUGAAAUCGCCAGGAGUGUAGGAACUAAUAAAGGAUUCUAUAAAAGCAGUUAUAAAAAAGAAGGAUUUUAGUCCAAAACUUUUUACAUAAUAUAAAUAUGAUCAAUUGGAGAGAUCUGAAAGCCCAGCUUAAUAAAUUUUACCUAAAAUAGAGAAAAUCAAUAAUAAUAUUCAUGUUCUUAAAUAAAUAUAGCAUCUGAAGAAGAAGAAACGUAAGGAUUUGUAAUUAAAACUUAUAGCAAAAAACUAAGUAAACUCUCCAAAAUCAAAGAAAUCCAAUCAUUUAAAAUAUUAAUAAGGGAGGUUCAUGUAAAUAUUCCCAUAGACAGAUGGCAUAUCCACUUUGAACAUUUCAUCUAAGCCAAUUCACAUUAUCUAAAGAAAUAAAUUUUAGGAUUCCUUUUUGAAUAACUCAAUGGAUAACAAAUUAGAAAAAGAAAUAGUUUAAAAAAUUAGAUUGCAAAUGGAAAAGCACUCUACUCAAAUUGAAACUGAAACAGUCAGAACAGCAAAGUAAGUUAGAAAAAAUUCAUAAUUCAUGAAAACUUCAAGGAAUAUAAAAAUUGAGCCCAUGGGAAAUGUACCAAAUGUAAUGUAAGUGGCGAAUGCAAAUUCAACAACAACUUAAUUACCAAGUAUUAAAAAGAAAAAAUUAAAGAAAUUUGAUGGAAUCUAUUAUUUUGAUCCAAAAUACCCGUAGGAUUUGAUAUUUUAAGAAAGAUAUGCCUCUAUGAGACACUAUUUCAAUGUAAUGAAUUUAUCUAAUUGUCUUUUCGUUUAACCAAAUUAAAAUAUUUACAAAGCAUAUGUUGGAAAAGGUAAUAAUGGAAUGUUAGUAAGAUAGAUUUUAAAAACUAGAUGGUGGUGGAGUAUUUAGGAUGAGCAAGAGUCUUCUCAUUUUGUUUGGACUCAAUUGAAAGUGAACUCAAUACAUGAAAAUAUGAAGGCUUUAAAUCGAAAUCCAAAUGAAUCGAUGAGUUGUCAAAGUGCCUCAUCAUCUCUAACAACAAUAGGUUCUGUUAGUUUGGGCUUCUCGAAGUAGGAUGAACAGAGUGAAAGUGAAUUGAUAAAAGUUGAUGCAAUACAAAAAAUUAAUAGUUAAUGGAGUAAGUUCCUUGUAAAUGCAGAAUUAAGAUAAUUUAGUACAAUUCUUAAUGGAUAAGGUCGAUAAUCAAAAUUAUUAACUUUGGAGUAGGCUCAAGCAGUAAAACCUAAACUCUCUGUAUAUAAUGAACCUGUUAAAGCACAUAAUCACUUAGAGAACAAUUUUCAUUUAGGAAAUAAGAAAGCUUUAUUUUAUAAUAUGAAGGCAUAUUAUGAAUCAUAAAAUUUGAAUGUGUUUGAAAAUCUACCUGUCACUUAUCAUAUCAAAAGUCUGGAUGGUCCAGAAUAUCAUCAAUUUAUGGAGGCUUAUAAAGAAAGAUAAUAAAUGAUUAAUUAGGAAACUGAUGAAAAGAACAAACGCAGAAAUAUUUGGAUUAUAAAGCCUGGGGAAAUCACAAACAGAGGAAAUGGGAUCAAGGUAUCUGAAGACAUCAACGAAAUUCAAUCUAUUUUAAACUCAAGAGAAAUGCAUAAGAAUGGAAGCUAUAAAACAUUUAUUGUGCAACUAUAUAUUGAUAGACCCUUGCUUUAUAAUAAACGCAAAUUCGAUAUAAGAUGCUAUAGUAUGUAUGUAUCAAUCAAUGGAAAUUAAAAAGGUUACUGGUACACUGAGGGAUAUGUCAGAACUUCCAGUAAAGAAUUCACAAUGAAAAAUCUUACUAAUAAAAUGGUUCAUUUAACCAAUGAUGCAGUAUAGAAAAAAGGAGAAGAUUAUGGGAAAUAUGAGAAAGGUAAUAAAGUUAGUUUUGAAGAAUUUUCGGUUUAUGUUGAGAAUCUCGGAGGUGAUUUUAAUAAGAUCUAUGCAAAAAUGAAGUAAAUGGCAACUGAAUAAUUUAAGGCAAAUACUUUUGAAAUAUUUGGAUUAGAUUUUAUGAUUGAUGAUACUUUCAACGUUAAAAUGAUCGAGGCUAAUACAAAUCCUUCAAUUGAAAUUUGCUGUCCUUUACUAUCUAAAUUGAUACCAUAGAUGCUGGACAAUGCCUUCAAAAUUGCAUUGGAUCCAAUCUUUCCACCUCCAAACUUCUAUAAUCCCAAAAAGAUUAUUUGUGAAAAUUAUCUUGACAACAAAUUUGAAUUGGUUUUUGAUGAAAUGACAGAUGGACCACUCAUUACUCAAUCCCAACCUAAUUACGAUAUUGGAUUAAUUGAAGAAGAAUCUGAAGAAGAAGAACCAGAAUGA